UUGAAAAGCCCUCAUUCAACCCGGUUCUUUUGUAUAGCGCGCCCUCUCUACUUUCACUCUCUCUUCCAUACAUAAAAUAAGGAGAGAGAGAGAGAGAGAGAGAGAGAGAGAGAGAGAGAGAACUGUGAAGCAAAGAAGAAGAAGAAGAAGCUUAAUAAAUCUCUCUCCGUCUCUUGGCCAUUUCUCUGCAAUUGCAUAACCAAUCUUCAUCAGAAUGGACUCACUGCCUGAUGCAAUCAUCCAGUACAUUUUGUCAAACAUGGGCAAUGCCAAGGAUGUGGCAUCGUGCACUUGCGUUUCCAAGCGAUGGAAAGACUCGAUGCAUUAUCUUAAGGCCCUCUACUUCCCUCGCAACCUUAACGAUAACCUAACUGGUGACCACACUUCUGAAAGCAUCGUGAGGCAAAUGGUGUCCUCAGUUUUCCGACUAGAAGAGCUGGUGGUUUAUUGCCCUUUCACUAGCUCCGGCCUUUCUUCAUGGCUGUCUCUCCAAGGAUUAUCCCUCAAGUACCUUGAGCUCCGAAUGGACAAUCUUUUCGAACAGCAGAUUUGUAACGACAACAAUUCAAAACUGGACUGUAUUGGAGCCGCUUGGAAUUUGGAGUCACUGAAACUUUGGGGUGUCCUUAUGAUCCACUCCCCAAAAUGGAAUACUUUUCAGAAGCUUAGGAAUCUUGAAAUAGUUGGUGCGCGGUUGGAGGACCCCGCUUUGUCUAAUGUACUGAAAGCAUGCCCUAAUUUGACCCAUUUAUCCUUGCUUGCAUGCGAGGGGUUGAGGUCUGUUUCAAUUGAGCUGCCUCAGCUAGAGCAGUGCAAGCUGGAUUUUUAUGGUUUGGGAAACAGUUCGCUUUCUGUCGUCUCUCCAAAGCUUGAAUUGCUUGAAGUGCAAGGGUGCAGUUGGAUUAGGGUUCCUGAGACCAAAUGCUUGAGGAACCUUUCCAUUGCCAAUAAUUCUGGGAGAGUUUACAUGGUGGAUUUUGAGAAACUUGUGGCUCUUGAAUUCUUGUCCAUCAGAGGGGUCCAGUGGUGUUGGGAUGCAAUAAGCAAAGUGCUUCAACUGGCGAGUGAGGUGAAGCAUCUCUAUAUGAAGGUGGAAUUCACUGGGGAUUUUGAUGCCCUUCUGCCAUUUCCAGAGAUUGAUUUUGUAGACUUCUUUAACACCCAUCCCAAGCUGCAAAAAUUCGAUAUGCAUGGUGCCAUGUUUGCUGCUCUUUGCCAGAAAAACAGCUUGAAAAAUGUGGAUUCGAGAUUUGUGAUUCCAUGCCUUGAGGAGACAGUGAUCACAGUGAGAUCGCCAUUAAAUGCUGAGCAGAAGAUGAAUACUCUUGAAUCGAUGGUGAAGUAUGGCAAGAAUUUGAAGAAGAUGACUGUAAGGAUACUUGAUAUGAAGAGCAGCCAUAGCAGUGCAGAUGAUUUCUUCCAGGAGAUUUGCAGGUUUAGAUGCUUGAACCGCAAGAUUGUUUCAAUAGAAUAAAGGCUCAGGGGAGUGAGCACUUUCCCCUUGAUCUAAUCCAAAUCAUUCUUGUUUCUUGUAUUCCAUUGAGUCAGUGACUGCCUAAAAUUCUGAUGUUCUUGACAAAUGUUGGACCAUUCUUUAACUGUUUAACAAUCAACCUCAUGAAUAUUUUUGCUUUCUAUUUAGCCCCUCAUUUGGGUUAAGCUGUUGCUGUGUUUGGGAAGUGAUAAUAAUAUGAUUUUGAGCUGA